AGCAAAGCAGGACGGCAGAACACCACACCGGGAGACAAAGGAAGCGGCUCGCGCGCGGGCCUGUGCAGGCAGAGGACACGGCCCGCAAGCCCGCACCUGCCGCGCCUUGAAAUACAUCGCCUUUGGCGCCCAACGCAACCACCUCAACCAACAGCCUUCCUCCCCGGAGUCCCAAGAAACCAAGAACCCCGGCCCUCCUCUCCCCACCGCGCAGCAGCCCACCGCAUCCGCCCUCCGGCGCCGGCGACCGAUGGACCGCUUCCAGGACGGGCACCACGUGCGGCUGCGGAGCCGCGUGCAGGACACCUACCUCCACGCCGCCGACGACGGGGAGAGCGUCACCCUCAGCCAGCUCCGCGCCUCCAUGAACGCGGCGUGGGCGGUGCACAUCUACAACGGAGAAGACGGCGAUGGCUCCGGCGAAAUCUCCGGCUUCGUCUCCCGCGCCGGCUCCCGCGCCAGCUCCGGCGUCGUCUCCGUCUCCGGCUCCGGAGACGGCGACGGCGACGGCGACGGCGGAGACGGCGAUGGCUCCGACGACGGAGACGGCCCGUACCUGCUCCUCCACAGCGCCGCCUACGGCCGCUACCUUGCCGCCACGGACAGGCCGGCGCGGCCAGGGCACAACGGCCUCUGCACGGAGCUGCGCGACUACGAUCAGCCGGAGGUGGAGGCCAUCAAGUGGCGGGCUGUCGGGUCGGGCUUCGCGGACGACGUUGUCCUGCUCCGCCACGGCGACGGCCACUACCUCCGCGGCAACGGCAAGUACCUCCCCUGGAACUCCACCGGCGUCACCGUCGACGACAAGGCCAGCUCCAUGAUGUACUGGAUCGUCGAGCCCAUCCCCUUGAGAGAGGCUGGCAUGCCUGCCAUUCCUGCCCCGCUUCCGACUCGCCCAAGAUUCACGCCACGGGUGGCGGAACGGCAGAUCAGAGGCGUCGAGCCCAUCCCAGAAGAGGCGGGCAUGCCUGCCAAUCAUGGCCCGGCUCACCCAAGAUUCUCCGGCAUAUUCACUUCUCCCGGACGGCGCAUCCGGUUCGUGCGGGCGCUCGAGGACGGGUACUACCCCGAGGAGGUGAACAGCUGGCGCCAGUUCUGGUUCAGGGGGAGGUCCGCGUUCAGCCUGAGAGGCAACCUGGCGGACCUCGUCGUCGUGGACGGCCCGAACAUCGCCAUGUGCGUCCGAGCGGGCCGCCACGGGAGGCUCACCCCGCUCGUCGUCGACCUGCCCGACGGUGGCUAUGGCGGGACCCUCGAGAUCGUCGUCUUCCUGGCCGGGACCCUUGGCUACGAUGCGCUGGGAUACCCGGAUAUCGAUGCACAGUAAAGGAACAUCAGAGCGGGAGUCCCGACAGUUCACCUGUUCACAAGUUUCACUGCCUCGGAUAUGAUGGCGUCUACUUUUGCCUAUAGAUGGAUAGAUACAGAUUCAGAAAACUCAGCAGCUCUAGAAAUACUGAAAGUGUUUGCAACCAAUGGCUGAACAGUUUUGUAGUGAUGCUGGAAUGUAGUAGCCCUUCCGACA